UCCAAUGGCGGCGUAAAUCAAUGUAAACAACUGCGCCAAAUUUAAACAAUAAAAAUGAAAUAAAAAGUUGUUAAUUGAAAAAAAAAACACUUUGGAAAUGGCAAAAUACUAUUUUACUUUAAUCGAUAUUGCAGUACUGUUUGUUUCUCUAAUAACUCUUAUUUUAAGCAUUUGCACAGAUAUCUUGAUCUGUGUACAGUUUAUGCUAGAUGGCCAGAUGUUAUGGAGUUGGCUUAUGGUUGGGUUCAUCUCCCUGCCUUCGGUACUGAUGAAUAGCUUCAGCUUAGCCUGGCAUGUGCAUGACAAGACUAUCACACCAACGGUCAUUUUCUUUCAUCUGUUGCUUAUUGCACCCAUUCACAGGUACUUGAAAGGAAUCCUUUAUGGCAUCAAUUCACUGAAAACUAGAAAGGUCACUCUCACUCAGAAAGCAUUGAAGGAACAAAGUGAUGCCACCAUACUACGUUUGUUUGAGAGUUUUUUGGAGUGUGCUCCUCAGUUAGUUCUUCAGUGCUAUAUAGCACUCUACCAGAGAAGUGUUGUUUGGUUUGUAGGGAUAUCUGCUGCCUGCUCACUCAUCUCUUUGACCUGGUCUAUGACAUCAUACACAGAUUCACAAAGGCGGGUUCACCCCACUAAAAGUGGCAGGCGAACCAUAAGAUUAUUCCUACAUUGGGCAUGGCAACUCUUUGUAACAGCGUCAAGGAUUGGAGCGCUGGUCUUUUUUGCUGGAACUGUUCACUAUUGGAUCUUUGCACUUAUUGGCUGUCAUUGGAUGAUUGCAUUUAUCUGGUUGUCUGUGAUGGGAACUGACUUUGGCACAGGACCUUGGGAGAAGUGGCUCUUCCGCCUUGUCUGUGGCUUCAUCUAUAUAUUUGUUUUUCUGAAUGUGAAUGAGGGGCCAUCAAGAUGGAGAAUCACAACUUACUAUGUUAUUGUAUUCCUUGAAAAUACUGCCAUGGUUGUUGUAUUUCUGGUGACUGGAAAUGGUGCGGAGAUGGUCAUCCCAGUUUCAAUGAUUGUUUUUGUUGCAUUCUUCUUAGGUCUCAUGUUUAUGAUUCUUUACUAUGACUUUCUACGCCGGACUGGACACAAAGGUCACAUGAAAAGAUUCCCUUCUACCAAUCAGAGGGCUUCUGUCAUCUCUGGAUCUUCUAUUGAAACAGGAUCUCAGGUGUUUAGUGUAGAAUCACCAAGUCCAGUUACUGUAAUGCAGGAAACAGUCAUAGACAUUGACCAUGACCUCACAAACUCCCACAAUGCUACCAAUAGUAGUCAUCAUGGACGACUGUCCCCAGUGAACUCCAGAUACUCAGGAUCAGAGAGUAAUAGGUCACAGCUUUCUCUUCAGAAAGUCUGGCAGAGUGGAAUGAUUUCUUCAUCUAGCUCCACUUCCUCUAGUUCACUUCUUUCUAUGGUGGAAUCUAUCAAUAGUGGAGUACACUCACCAUCCAUCAAAUCCUCACGCUCCCAUAAUUCAUCUUCCACCCUACUUCCUUCAAGACUUCCUUCUUCUGACAGUAAUGCCCCUUUGCAGAAUUUACAAGAAAAUCUACUAGAAAGUUUACACAGUGUAGCCACUGACAGUCAGCUAUAUAAAAGUGUAAGCAACAAAAGCCCAACUCUGAGCAGAAGUUCAUGGGCAAGGUCAUCUGAUCUCAAUAGACAUUCCAUGGUUGUUGAAGACUUUACAGUAUUAGGCUUUGACGAUUCAUCAUCCACCGACAGAAAGACCAGUGACAGCAGCUCUUUUAGCAACCAACCCAAAAGCCUGUCACCACUAAAUGUCUCUAUUCUAUGGAAGGACAUCCACAGUCGUCUGCGGGCAACCAUAGCUGCCACAAUUGCAGAAGCUACAGGAAACGCAUCAUCCACAGAGUCCUCGCCAAAUAAGAAUCACUCCAUUUCUUUCGCAGAAGACAGCUUAAACUCAACUCGUAAAACUUGGAACAUUAGUCACAACAAUGCUUUUAUGGAGUCAGUGUCUAGCUUCAAAGAGGAAUCCUCAAAACAAAGCAUGGAUUCUUCCAGACGUGAAGCUCUGGUUUCACUUCCUGAUAUUGUUGAAGCCCUUGAUCUUAUCUCAGAAAUAAGCAGCCCAGAUAAAACUUUUGUUAAUUUGUUGGACUGUUCAGUUAAAUCUAUCCAUUCACAACAUGAACAGUCCAGUUUAAAGACUGAGUCCAGUUUACACCAGAGCAAUGGAUCUAAACUAAACACAAGUUCUUAUCCUGAGGACUCAACUCUGACACUAAGUAAAUUAGGAAUGAAAGAAUCAACUUCAUUCAAUAAAAUGCAAAAGCAAGAACUUUUGUCAAGUAAUUUAAGUCCAAUGAAGUCCCCUGACCAUUCUGAAUUCUUCCCCUUACAAAGAAUAGGUGAGGAUGGCUCGCCAUUCACUGAUAAAGAACUAGUGCAUGUUAUGGCUAGCUCUUUACAGAGUUAUAUUGGUGCAAGCUCCUCUUAUGACUCUAAUGCUCGUGAGGGUUUGGCUUUGACGUUAGAUGAUCUUCAAUUUGAUGGAGAGACAUCACCCACACAGUCAGCCGGCAUGCUCAAAAAAAGUCGAAGUGCUUCUUCCCUUUUUCAUGAUAGUACUGAAUCAUCUCCAGCUAGUUCGGCUUCCAAAAUGAACCAGGCACUUAGUAUCCAAAUGUCAGAAAAGUUUUCCCCUAAUGCAUUGAAAAUCAUUGACAUCCCUAGCAUUAGCAAUUAUACAGGAAGCAAUUCGAGCAGACCAAAAAAUGAAAGUGUUCCACCACACAGCUUGGCUCUGAGAUUUAUCAUGGAUGCCUAUGGCUCUGGCACACCUGUCUCUAAUAGAUCACUCCAUCUCUCAAAAUCUAAUUCUGUCUGUGCCUCUCUUUCAUGUACUCCUAAUGAACAAAGGCUAUCUAAUAGAUCUGAUGCUCCUAAUUGGGAGGGUUCCAGUAAAUUUGAUGUUUUGCAUCGAAGUCAGAAUAGACAGCCCUUGCAAGUUCAUGAGCUCAAUAGACUUGACUUGCCAAAAAGUUUAUCUAACAGAAGAUCUAAAUCGUCCUAUAAUGUUAAUGACCCAUCCAUGAAAACUAGAGGUGCUGUAUCAUCCACAAAAAAACUCAGCGUUCAUUUCUCUCCUUCGCCAACAAAGGAAGUGAAACUUGUUUCCUGUCCACAGAAAAAACUGUCAUUGGUGGAUUCUGACUCCGAAGUGAACUAUGUGGCUGGGCAUUAUUGGCCUCCUCUAUGUACAGAAGGGGACAAAGAAGUGCAUCAGAAAUCUCUCCCAAUAUUUUCCCCACAUGCUAUUCCUUCUAAUUACAAAUCUAAUCGACCUAGUAAUAUGUUUGCAAACAAAUCUUUGUCUAACUUAGAGUACUACUUUCCAAAAGUGACAAAAACCAGCCAGCAGAACAUCACCCAUCUACCUAGUCACACUCACAAAAUGGAAAAUUUAACUGAUGAUGAACUGCGAACGUCAGCAAGACAUGUGGCCAGCUAUUUCAGUGAGGCUCUAGACACACGCCAAGAGUCAAGACCUAUCAAACAUUUCUCACAACCUAAUCUGCGUGUUCAUCACCCAAGGCAACCUCUGCAGCCGCUUCACAAUUCUCCUCAUUUCUCACCAGAGUACAUACAAUCUAACAGGAGCCGCAUUGAAAGUCUGCAUGGGAGACAACUGGCCACACAGAAUGAGCUUUCAAAAAGUCCAAGAAAGGUUAAGCAUGUAUCACAUUCAAGCCACCCAGACCGACUCAUUGUUAAACCACCAUUGAAACAUCUUCCUGGUAAUCAAUAGUGUAUCAUUGACAUUAAACAAGCACCUUUGGUCGAUGUUUUUCUGACAGCAGAUCUUCUUCUGAACAAUUUUGUUUGUAAAUAAUGUAAAUGUAAUACAAACAUAUUUGUCUCAUAAUUUCAAAACAUAUUUAAAAGAAAUUGUUAUUGUUAUAUAAUUCAAACCUCAAUUGCUCAUGUUAAAUACAUAUCUUUUAAUUGAAGUGUUUUUACACAAACUAUGCACAACUUUAUACAAACUAUAGAUUAUUGUAUUGAUUUUUUUUUCUCUAUAUAAUUUUAAUCAUUUGUUUAAUGUCUAUUUAUUUAUUGUUUUUAUUGUUGACUAUUAAUUUAAGAUGUAAUUACAUGUGUAAUUUGUGUUACGCCAGUAUUUUAACAAUAUUUUUUUAAAGAGCUUUACACAACAUUAACUGACAGCAUUGACUUCAAUACUUUUUAUGUGUUUCAACUUUGAGAUUAUUUUUUUGCUUUUUAAACUUUUAUGUUGUUUGUAUUGUUCAUGGUAAACUAGUCACUUGAAUGUUGUUUACAGCAUACAAUCUACAUGUAGAUAAACUAUAAGAUUUUUUUUUUAGCUUACAGUUGUAAGCAAUUUGAUUCAAUCAAAAUAUGUUGUUUUUUUUAAUUAAUUAACCAUUUUUCUUAACAUUUUUGUAUAGUUUUUUAAACAAGCAUUUUCUUGGUACAUUCAAGAUGGUUGUUCUUUCUUUUACAAUAAAAAUCUUAUUAAAAUUAAAAAGUUCUCACUUCCUUAUU